AGCAGGUGUGGUGUAGUAUGGGUGAGAUACAGGAGCGAUUAGAGGUAGUUGUAAAAAAAACCCACACUGCCUCCACACCUUGCUGUUGCUUCACACUGUCUGUUACAGGUAAAAUAUCACCAUGGAUCCUGAUUACUUCAAGUCUUAUAACAUGUGUUGGGGUACGCUUGGAACAAUACGCCCCUUCUCCAACUUCCACCCGGACAGGGAUGCCAUGGAGAUCCAAGCAGCACUGGAGAAAAAAGAUUCUGUAACUCUGGUGAGAAUCUUAACCAAUAGGAGCAACGCCCAGAGACAAGUCAUCGCCCAGACCUUUGAAGAAAUAACACAAAAGGACCUCACAAGUUGCCUGAAGUCGGCUCUGUCCGGAGAACUGGAGAAUUUGAUGCUAGAACUGUUGUUUCCCCCUGUAAUGUACGACGCUUACCACCUGCAAAAGGCCAUGGCGGGAUUAGGCACAGAUGAAGAAACACUACUAGAGAUUCUGUGCACUCGUUCUGGAGAGCAGAUCCAAGAGAUCAGCGCUGCAUACAAGCAGAUGUACAAGAAAGACCUGGAGAAGGAACUGAAGGGAGAAACCAGCGGAGACUUUGCCAAACUUGUUGUGGCUUUGACAAAUAAAGGAAAUGUGACUGGUGUGGUUCAAAGAGAUAUUGAGAUUCUCUCUGCAUCGUUAAAUGGAAAGAAAGCUGAGGCCGGGCCCUGGAUUGACAUACUGACCACAAGAGACUCAGGCCACCUCAACAAAGUUUUGAUUGGACUUGAAACGCUGACUGGGCAGACGGUGACGGAGACUCUGGAGAAGCGGUUUUCUGGAGACAUUCGACUGGGUUUGAAAGUUUUAGUGCAAUGCAUUCAAAACCCUGAUGUGUUCCUCGCCAAAAGAAUUUCUACCAUGAAGCCAACAGUCUUGCACAGAAUCUUGGUGUCUCACUGUGAGGAAGAUCUGCUGUGUAUCCGAAUUGCUUAUCUUAAAUUAACAGGCACAUCUCUGUACACAGCUCUACAGAAACAGUUCAAGGGAGAUCACCUCAUGGCUCUGCUGGCAAUCUGCCAAUCUGAAGAUUAA